AUGAUCAAUGUUCUCCCGCAGGCCGUUGGCUCUGGGGCCGAAGCCAUAGGUAGUCGGCUCAACGCAGAGAGCGGGGUGAACUCCAAGCAUUCCGGACACUUUGCCUUCGAGAGCUUCCAUGAGGCUUCGCAGUGCGCUGGCUAUAUGCUCCUUGCGAUUGCUGGAUCUUAG